AUGAGCGCUCGUCCGGCAUUCGAGCAAUUCACUGCUCAACCACCGCAACCGGCCGGCGAAGUCGUCACCCAACAAGCUGGCGAUCCUGGACAAGGCCAAGAGUUGACCAUCUCAAAACUGGAAAAUGCAAUCACCUCAAUGGAAGAGCAAGGUCUUCAGAAUGAUCAUCGUCACGCGAAGGCACUGCUUCUGAAGCAGAAGUUGCAAGCUGGCAUGCCUGAAGGUCAACAGGAGGCUCCAGGAGGCAGCCAACAAAUCACUCCGGCCCAGUUGGCUCAGUUGAAGGCUCAAGUGUCCGCGUAUAGACUACUGGCUCGAAAUGAGCCAGUACCAGAGGCAUUGGUCACUGAAGCUGUGAUGCUCCGUCCGAAGAUCACCACCUUACUCCCAGAGCCUUAUGAGUAUCCAGGAGAGUCAGAAAGCGGAGAGAAGUUGCCAUAUGACUUGAUGAAGAUCUUCAGUCUCCACCAGAUCAGAUGCAACCGCCCGACUACCAUUGCUCCACCAACUGGAAUCGACCCAGCUGGAAUGUUGAAACAGAGAGAGAAUGCCAUCCAGAACCGGAUUGGUCUCCGAAUGAAGCUUCUAUGCAAUCUGCCAGCUGACAUUCCAGAGCACAUGAAACUCAAAGCUGAAAUUGAGCUGAGAGCAUUGAGAGUUGUCAACUUGCAAACACAGGUUCGCAGUGAAGUUAUGUCUUGUAUGAAGAGAGAUACCACCCUGGAGACUGCUCUGAAUCCAUUUGCCUACCGUCGUGUGAAACGUCAAUCGUUGAGAGAGGCCAGAGUAACAGAGACUCUUGAAAAGCAGCAGAAGAUGGAGCAGGAAAGAAAGAGAAGACAGAAGCAUACUGAUUUGAUGCAAGCCAUUAUUCAGCAUGGAAAGGACUUCAAGGAGUACCAUAGAAAUAAUCUCAUCAAGACUCACAAAGCCAAGAAGGCCGUCUGGACCUACCACCAGAACAAUGAGCGUGAACGCAAGAAGGAUGAGAUUCGUAACGAGAAACUUCGUAUGCAAAGACUUAUGCAAGAAGAUGAAGAAGGAUAUCGUGCACUUCUUGAUGAGAAGAAGGAUCAACGUCUUGUGUAUCUUCUUCAGCAAACUGAUGAAUACGUCGACUCCCUCUGCUCUCUUCUCAAACAACAUCAGACAACAGAGAAGAAGAAAAAGAGAGAAGAUAAGAGAAUCGAGAAGGGCAAUCAGGUGGAUGAUGAAGCUCGUGUCCACGUUCGAGAGAUCAGUACCGGAAAGAUUCUGACUGGAGACCAAGCGCCAACUCCAGAAGAGAUUGACAUCUGGCUGGAGACUCAUCCAGGAUACCAACUCGUUCCCAGAGAUCAACUCAGUGACGAUGAGGAUGACGAGGAAGAGGCUCCUGCUGAGCCACCAGAGGAGAAGGAAGAUGAGUACGCUGGAAUGGAUGAGGAGAUGAAGGCAAAGAUGAUUAUUGAGAAGGCUAGAAAUGAGGAGGAUGAGUACGAUCAGAAGUCGAAGAAGCAGGAAGCCGACUACUAUGCCACUGCUCACAAGAUUAAGGAAAAGGUUGUGAAACAGCAUGAGACAAUGGGAGGUGGAGAUCCGAAUCUCCAAUUGAAGCCAUAUCAGUUGAAGGGUCUCGAGUGGAUGGUCUCGUUGUACAACAACAAUUUGAACGGAAUCCUGGCUGAUGAAAUGGGUCUCGGAAAGACUAUUCAGACCAUCUCCCUUCUGACCUACCUCAUGGAAGUCAAGCAGAACAAUGGACCAUAUCUCGUCAUUGUUCCACUGUCUACUCUCUCCAACUGGCAAUCCGAGUUCGCCAAAUGGGCUCCAAAUGUGAAAUCAGUCAUCUAUAAGGGAACCAAAGAUGCUCGUCGUCGUGUUGAGGGACAGAUCCGUAAAGUGGACUUCAACGUUCUGAUGACCACUUAUGAGUACGUCAUAAAGGAGAAGUCACUUCUUGGAAAGAUACGCUGGAAGUACAUGAUCAUUGACGAGGGACAUCGUUUGAAGAAUCACAACAGUAAACUGACAAACAUGCUCAACGGAUUCUUCCACGCUCAACAUCGUCUUCUCCUUACUGGAACUCCACUUCAGAAUAAGCUUCCUGAGCUGUGGGCUCUUCUCAAUUUCCUGCUCCCGUCCAUUUUCUCGUCCUGUGACACUUUCGAGCAAUGGUUCAAUGCUCCGUUUGCGACAACCGGAGAAAAAGUGGAAUUGAAUCAGGAAGAGACAAUGUUGAUCAUCAGAAGAUUGCACAAAGUGCUCCGUCCAUUCUUGCUCCGUCGUCUGAAGAAGGAGGUCGAAUCUGAGUUGCCAGAUAAGACAGAAUACGUCAUCAAGUGUGACAUGUCGGCACUCCAGAAGGUCAUCUACCGUCACAUGAAGAAGGGAUUGUUGCUCGACGCGAAGGCAUCAUCUGGAGCUCGUUCCCUCUCCAACACCAUUGUUCACCUUCGCAAACUUUGCAACCAUCCAUUCCUCUUCCAGAACAUUGAGGACUCUUGCCGUGCACACUGGAAGGUUAACGAGGUCAAUGGAAAGGAAUUGAUGCGUGUGGCUGGAAAAUUGGAGCUUCUGGAUCGUAUCCUACCGAAGCUGAAAGCUUCAGGACAUCGUGUUUUGAUGUUCUUCCAAAUGACAAAGAUGAUGGAUAUCUUUGAAGACUUCCUCCACUUCCGUAACUACACCUACCUUCGUUUGGAUGGAUCCACGAAGCCAGAUGAGCGUGGAGAUCUUCUUUCUCUUUACAAUGCUCCCGACUCGGAGUAUUUCUUGUUCAUGCUCUCAACCAGAGCUGGAGGUCUUGGAUUGAAUCUUCAAACUGCUGACACUGUCAUUAUCUUUGAUUCUGACUGGAAUCCUCAUCAGGAUAUGCAAGCUCAAGAUCGUGCCCAUCGUAUCGGACAGAAGAAGGAAGUACGUGUGCUCCGUCUGAUCACUGCCAAUUCUGUGGAAGAGAAGAUGUUGGCUGUAGCUCGUUACAAGUUGAACGUCGACGAGAAGGUUAUCCAAGCUGGAAAGUUCGAUCAAAGAUCCACAGGGGCGGAGCGUAAGCUGAUGCUUGAGAGAAUCAUCCAGGCUGAUGAAGAGGAGGAUGAAGAAGAGGUUGUGCCAGACGAUGAGACUGUGAAUCAGAUGGUUGCUCGAUCCGAGGAGGAGUUUAAUCAAUUCCAAUCCAUGGAUAUUGAUCGUCGUCGUGAGGAGGCGAAUCAGCUCCACCGUAAGCCACGCCUUCUAGAGGAGCAAGAGAUUCCAGAAGACAUUGUGAAGCAGUCAUUCGAUUUUGAUGAACUCGAAAAGGCAAAGGAAGAGGGAAGAGAGAUUGUCAACGAGACACCGAAUCAGAGAAGACGCAGAAAGGAGGUUGACUACUCUGGCGACCUGAUGUCUGAAGAGCAGUUCAUGAAGCAAGUUGAAGAGGUUGAAGACGAGAACGAACGAUAUAUUGCUGAAAAGAAGAAACAACGGAAAAGAAAGCUGGCGGGUCUCGAUGAGAAUGACGACACUAUGGAUGACGUGGUUUUGGCGCAUAAGAAGAAAAAGACGGAUCCAGAGUUGGUUGAGAAGAUCAACGAAAUGCUCGCGCCAAUCAUGGAGUAUACGGAUGAAGAUGAAGCGCUGAUUGUCGAACCAUUCCAGACUCUUCCAACAAGAAAGGAGCUCCCAGACUAUUAUCAAAUUGUGACGAAGCCGAUGGAUUUCGAUAGAAUAAACAAGAAGAUUGAAACUGGCCGUUAUACUACGAUGGAAGAAGUUAAUGAUGAUAUUGAGUUGCUGGUCAAUAAUGCUGCAUUGUACAAUGAGGAGGGCAGUGUUAUUGUGGAGCACUCGAAGAUCAUUUUGAAGUUGUGGAAAGAUCAAUACGAUAAGUUUAUGGCUCCACCGAAACCAGAAGAACCAGCCACUCCUGUCAAAAAGGAGAAGGAGACUCCGACUCCAUCCACAUCAGCGUCCAAACCAUCUACCAGCGGAACAUCAAGUGUCACUGAGCGUCAACGUCAACAAGCUGCAGCUCUGGUUCAACAACAAGCCUUCAUGACUGCGAUUAGCAAAAUGCCACCAGCUCAGCAAGCGAUGAUAAUUACUGCGCUGCAAAGCGGUGCAACUUCAGCUCAGGUUCAAGCAAUGAUGCUCCAGAUGCAAGCUGCCACGGCGGCACAAGCUCAAGGAGCAAACACCCCAGCAGCAAUGAUGCUCCAGCAGAUGCAGCAAGCUGCUCAGCUGCAGGCAUUCAUGGCUGCUGCUGCUGCUGCCCAGUCAACACCGAAAAAGAAGGAAGAGACAAAGAAGGAGGAGACGAAGGAGAAGGUGGCAAAGACUGAAGAUGAGCCAUCGACGUCUGCGGCUUCUGAGCCAUCCACAUCGGCUGCCGCUGGAAGUUCUGGAAAGAAGAAGGCGGAGAAGGAGGAGGCGGAGCCAGAGCCGAUGGAAGAGGAUGACGAGGAGGAAGAGGAGAUUAUUGGAAAGAAGAAGGAAGCUCCAUCUGGUCGCCGGAAGUCCCGCCCAACUCGUCGCUACUCCAACGAAGACUACGAUGAUGAGGAUGAUGACGAAUAG